AUGACGGAGGAUAACAACCAGGUCACCUUCGGCGACUACGUCGAGGACGACUACGAGUCGACAGAGUCGACCGACGAGGACUCCGAGGAGUCCGAAGACAUCGAGGAGGACGACGAGUCACCACGCCUCGACCUCUCGCGCCUCCACCCUUCGUUCCACGACUUCGCCUUCUCGGCCGAGUCAGCCUACGCCGCUCUCCUCUCCCACCUCCCCCGCUGCUCACGCUGGUCGCGAUGGUUCGGCCGCUGCCCCUCCGUGGAGGUGACGGGACACGGACUCGGCGGCGCGCUGGCCGUGCUCAUCUCGGACCACACCCCGCACCGCACGGCAGUCACCACCUUCGGCAUGCCGGCCAUCUACGAGGGUGAGGGACGGCACGAGCACUGGGCCAACGGGCUCGACCCCGUUACGCGCUUCCUCCCCGGUGGCGGCAGAAGGCUCAUGAAGGACGCAAAGGAGGCGUUCCACAUGGCCAAGGGACGCCUCGGCGACCACAGCCUCGUGCACGGCGUCAGCCUCGAGUGCUAG